CGGAAUCUGAAGCGACUGACAAUGAAAUACUGUAGCGCUGGGGCAGGAGUCACCAGCCGAACGCAGGGAAAGGACCAGGACCAGGUCCUGGCCUGGUCCGCCCGCCCUUCGCUCGUCUCCCUCCUCUCCGGAGCCCUGCUCAGGGUCCGCGCCGCCGCCGAACCCGCCCCGGCCUUCCAGUCCGUGACGGCCUUCGCGCCCGCCACCGUGGCUAACCUCGGCCCGGGCUUCGACUUCCUCGGAUGCGCCGUUGCCGACGCCUCCCUCUCCCUCGGCGACACGGUGACGGCCACCCUGGACCCCACCCUACCCCCCGGCACCGUCUCCAUCGCCUCCGUCACCUCCCCGUCCCGCCCCCACCUCGCCGCCCGCCUCUCCAAGGACCCGCUCCGUAACUGCGCGGGCGUGGCCGCCAUCGCGGCGCUCCGCGCUCUCGGCGUCCGGUCCCACGCCGUGUCCAUCCAGCUGACCAAGGGCCUGCCGCUGGGCUCGGGCCUGGGCUCUUCCGCGGCCUCCGCCGCCGCCGCCGCCAAGGCCGUGGACGCCCUCUUCGGCUCGCGCCUCGGGUGCGACAACCUCGUCCUGGCGGGCCUCGAGUCCGAGAAGGCCGUCAGCGGCUUCCACGCUGACAACAUUGCGCCCGCCAUCCUGGGCGGCUUCGUCCUGGGCUGGAUCAGCGAUAGCGACGAAGCUGAGAAGUUUGAGUCGGACAGUGAUGGCGAGGUGUCGGAGAACCUCGGCCGAGCUGGCUCGCCAAUUGCGCCCUCGAGGAACCAGCUAGGUGCUCCUGGUCCGUCCAUGCUGCAUGACAGUGGGAAGAUCAACGGAGCCGGGCCAUCUGCCUCUUUGGUGGAGCACUUUGUAGGGAAGGGUCUCAUUAAGGAGAAUGGGGAUGGUGGUGCAAAGUCAUUACUAGAGCUUCUUCUGACCUACAAGGCGAUAAGCAGUGAACCUUCAGUAGAUAACUGCUCUGCUUCUGGUUGCGGACCUCGGACUGUUGACGAAAACAACGGUAUUCUUACAAAUCGUGAUGCGCAGGGUGGUGGUAGGAGUAGCAACAGGGAUCGUAUAUCAGAUGAUUCUGAUGAUGAGGAUUUCCUACAAGGCAUAUCACAAAAGGAUGAGAAAAUCAAAUCCCUAGUUAGAAUGGGUUUUCCUAAAGAUGAAGCAGAAAUGGCUGUUGUUAGAUGUGGGCAGGAUGCACCUAUGUCUGUUUUGGUUGAUUUAAUCUAUACUUCAGAAGCUUCAGAAGAUGGUUAUUAUGGCCAUUUCUCUGAUCAUGAGGAUAAUUCUUAUGGAAGAAGAAAGGAAAAGAGGAAGAGAUUUGAAGGUGCUGAAGAAGGAAGUAGAGGGCCCUUAGAUAGUAGCAGUGACGAACCAAUGCCUCUCCCAAAUCCAAUGGUUGGGUUUAACCUGCCAAAUCAGAGAUUAAGAUCAGUGGACAGGUGUCUACCCUCAAAAGCUAUUGGGCCACCCUUCUACUAUGAGAAUGUGGCCAUUGCUCCGAAGGGUGUCUGGACGAUGCUAUCACGAUUCUUGUAUGACAUCCAACCUGAGUUUGUGGAUUCCAGGUUCUUUUUUCGCGACCGUGCCUGAGCACGUUUUUCAUUAAGAGGGGAGUGGAUUCCAGGUUCUUAUGUGCGGCUGCCAGGAAAAGAGGUUACAUACAUAACCUGCCAAUUAAGAACAGGUCA